AUGGCCUUAACAAGAAUUCGUUCAAAUUUUGAUCAUUUAUUUGAUAAAAAUUUAAAAGAUUUGGUUAGAGGAAUAAGAACAAACAAAGAAAAUGAGGCAAAAUACAUUGCAAUGUGUAUUGAAGAAAUAAAACAAGAAUUAAAACAACCAGAUACAUUUGUUAAGGCAAAUGCUAUUGAAAAAGUUGCUUAUCUUCAAAUGUUAGGAUAUGAUAUAUCAUGGGCAGCAUUUAAUAUUGUUGAAGUAAUGGCAUCAAGAACAUUUUGUAUUAAAAGAAUUGGUUAUUUAGCUGCAACUCAAUGUUUUAGAGAACAAUCUGAUGUAUUGAUGUUAACUACAAAUAUGAUUCGUAAAGAUUUACAAUCAUCUAAUAUGUAUCAUGUUGGUAUUGCUUUAUCGGGAUUGUCUUGUUUUGUUACAACAGAUCUUGCCAGAGAUUUAGCAUCAGAUGUUGUAAAUUUAUUAACAUCAUCAAGACCCUAUAUUAGAAAGAAAGCUGUUUUAUUAUUAUAUAAAUUAUUUUUAAAAUAUCCUGAAAGUUUAAGACCAACAUUUUCUAUUUUAAAAGAAAGAUUGGAAGAUGAUGAUGCUGGUGUUCAGUCAGCUGCUGUUAAUGUUAUAUGUGAAUUAGCUAGAAAAAAUCCUAAAAAUUAUAUUUCUUUAGCACCAAUAUUUUUUAAAUUAAUGACUACUAGUUCAAAUAAUUGGAUGUUAAUUAAAAUUAUUAAAUUAUUUGGUGCAUUAGUACCAACUGAACCAAAACUUGGUAAAAAAUUAUUAGAACCAUUAACUAAUUUAAUUUUAUCUACAUCUGCAAUGAGUUUAUUAUAUGAAUGUAUUAAUACUGUUAUUGCAGUUCUUAUUUCAAUAUCAACUGGUGGUCCAGGUGAUUAUACAACAUCAAUACAAUUAUGUGUUCAAAAAUUAGGUGUUUUAAUUGAAGAUUCUGAUCAAAAUUUAAAAUAUCUUGGUUUAUUAGCUAUGGGAAGAAUAUUAAAAACAUAUCCUAAAGCUGUCCAAGCACAUAAAGAUAUUGUUUUAAGAUGUUUAGAUGAUAAAGAUGAAAGUAUACGUUUAAGAGCUUUAGAUUUACUUUAUGGAAUGGUAUCAAAAAAAAAUAUUAUGGAAAUUGUUAAAAAAUUAAUGGAACAUGUUGAUCAGGCCGAAGGAUCAUUUUAUCGUAAUGAAUUAUUAUCAAGAAUCAUAUCAAUAUGCUCAUAUAAUAAUUAUCAAUACAUAUCAAAUUUUGAAUGGUAUAUUUCAGUUUUAGUUGAGUUGACAAAAGUUGAGGGAGCAAAUCAUGGAAAAUUGAUUGCUGAACAGAUACAAGAUGUUUCUGUACGUGUACAAAGUAUACGACAUUUUAGUGUUAGUCAAAUGGCUUUAUUAGUUGAAAAUGGUACAUUAUUAUUAUCUGGUAGUGGUCAACAAAAAAAUAAUAUUAGUGAAGUAUUGUAUGCUGCAGCAUGGAUAUGUGGUGAGUAUGCUGAAUAUCUUUGUGAUCCUUAUUCAGUUGUUGAAAGUAUGCUUAAAACUAAAAUUAGUCUUAUGCCAGGACAUAUAUUAAGUGUAUAUGUUCAAAAUAUUGGAAAAUUAUAUAGUAUAUUAAUAGCACAAUAUGAAAAAGAAAAUGAUUGGGAUUCUAUUGAAACAUUAAAUAAUCUUGUUUUAUCAAAACUUCCAGAAUUUCAAAUAUCAGAUCAUUUAGAGGCACAAGAGAGAGCUUGUAAUUUAUAUGAAAUUGUUAAAUUUGUUGAAAAAGAACAUGAAAAAAAAGAAAAAAUGGGUGAAUCUUUAUUAUCAUUAUAUGAAGGUGAUUUAAAUCCUGUUGCACCUAAAGCACAAAGAAAAGUUCCUAUUCCACAAGGAUUAAAUUUAGAUGAAUGGAUUGGUGAACCAUUUCCAGAAACAGAAGAUGAAAAAUCUGAAACUGAAAGUGAACCUGAACCUAUAGCUCCAGGAAGAAAUCCUAUUAGAAGUAUUGAAAUUGAAAGUACAGAAAGUGAAAAUGAAAAAAUUAAGUCAAAAAAAGAUUCUAUUAAAAAACGACAACAAGAAAUUGAAAAUAAUCCAUAUUAUGUAAAAAAUACACAAAAGAAAUUGGAUUCACAAGAUGUAAUUAAAAAACCAAUAUAUUCUACAAAAAAAUUUGAUAGCUACCAUCAAAUAUCAGAAUUAAAUAGUCCUCUAGAAAUCCCUGGUGUUUUAGGAAUGAAUAAAUAUAUUAAACAACAGGAAAAUACAUUAUCAUGGAAUGAUACCAAAACACAAAAAAAUUUAUCUAAAGGAAAAAAGAAAAAAACUAAAAAAUCUAAAAAACGUGUUGGUGAGGAGAGACUUAGUGUUUUAUCAUCAUCACCUAGUGAGGUAGAAGAUGAUGUUGUAGUUAAUCAUUUUGUCAAUAGAGCUGAAGGUGAGAUGCCUGAAAAUGCUGUAAGUACAGAUGAUGAAGAAAAUAUAAAUGAGGAAGAUAAUGAAAUAAAAGCUUUAGAUAUUGAUUUAAGUGAACCAAUUAAAGAGAAUGAAAAAUUAAAAAGUAUUGAACCAUACAAUAGACAGGAACCACCAAAACCUGCCCCAUUAAUUACUUCAGCAUCAGUAUUUAUAGAAAAAGAAGAAAAGAAAAAAAAAGAAACGGUCAAACAAUCUUCGUAUGAUAUAAUACAAAGUAGUUCUAAUGCUACAAAUACACCAAUCCAACAAAUAAAUGGAAUAACAAAUAAUUUAAAUUCUUAUGAAGAUAUAUAUCAUUUACUGGGUGAAAAUAAUUCAAUAAAAAUUGUUUAUCAAAUAUUACCAAAAAAAGAAACUUUUAGUGAUUUAACUAUAGGAGUUAUAUUUAAAAAUAAAACAAUGAAUCCAAUAGAAAAGAUAAACUUUUCAUUUAUGAAUACUUUAAAUACUAUACUUUUACCAAAUCAAACAAAUCUUCUUGAUUAUGAAGAUUCAUUUACAAUAGGAUCUGGUUUAAGUAAAGAAUAUUAUUAUAAUUUUGAAAUUAAAGAUUAUACAGUAUCACAAAAGUUACGAGCAACCUUUACUUAUUUUGUUACGAUUGAUGAAAGAAAAAUGGAAGAAAAAAUGGAUGUAAGAUUAUCUUUUCCAUCAAUAUCAUUUAUUAUCUACCGUCAAAUAGGAACUAUAGCAUUUGAAAAUUUACUUGAUACAAAAAAUGAUUCAUUUGAAAGUGAUACUAUAAAGUUUAUGAAAAAUACAUUAAAUUUUAAUGAUGUCAUCAAUAAAUUGUCAUCUUCCAAAUUUUUUAUUGUUGAAAAGGUUGAAGACAAAACUGCUUCAUUUUAUACAAUAUUAUUUUCAUCUCGCAAUAGUAAUGAAGAAAUACCUAUAUGUUUACUUGUGAAAAAUAAUUCUUCAACCAUUUCUAUAGAUGUUAAGACAAAUGGAAGACAAUUAUUACAUUCAUUAACUAGUGAUAUAAAAGAUUUAUUUCAAGAAACCUCUUUCAUUAAUCACAAAAAUAUUUAA